UAACUGUAUCGGUUCAGUAGUACAAUAAUGUGUUCAAAUUCACAGCUACAAUGUCCGCGAUCUUCAACCUGGAUCAGCUCAUAAACAUGAUGUCCAUCGGCACAUUACUCGCUUAUACAAUUGUAGCUACCAGUGUCCUCAUUCUAAGAUAUGAAGAGGAAGUAUCUGUCCAGCUGCCCGCCAAACCUGUACCAGAGACGGGGUAUUCCGUAGCGAAGCAGACCUUUAACCUGUUGGGCAUUAAGCAGCCUACACAGUUGUCAGCCAACAUUGCCAAGUGCAGUAUCUUUAUACUUUUCCUGCUGGCGCUGGCGACGUGCACGCUGAUGCGCUGGGAGCACGACGGGCCGGGGCUGGACGCGGCGCUGGGCACGCUGGGGGCCGGCCUCAUCGUGCUGCUGGUCAUCCUCUACCGGCAGCCGAGGCUAAGCGUCAAGGACUUGGCAUUCACCGUGCCGCUAGUCCCACUGGUGCCAUACUUGAGCGUAUGCAUGAAUCUUUACCUAAUGGUGCAGCUCGACUACGAGACCUGGAUACGGUUCAGCAUAUGGCUGGUUAUUGGUUACCUGAUCUACUUCGGCUACGGCAUUCGGAAUAGUUCUCUCAACAAGACGCAAGCUGACACGACAACUACAAGCAAUGGCAAAGAUCACACAAACUGCAAAGAACUCUCUAAUGGCAAAGAAUACGCCAACGGCACUCUUGAAAAGAAACACAUUACUACAAAAUUUUGAUUGAACAAUGAAAAUUUUAAGAAGAAAGAAAGUUACUGUAGUUAUGUGUGCCAGACAGCAUCGCAACAAGGAACUCCUCACGCAUCAUCGCCGCAAACAGCUGCCAAGUAAAGUUGAUGUAACGCAUGUGUAGUAACUGGUAUCAAAGGACUUGUAUUAAACUGGAUCGCGCACAAGUUAAUAAAACUAGAGUGAGAGGUUUCAAAGUAGUAAUGCAUCUCUUUCUAAUUGGGUGUUCAUUCAUGUUUCAGUCAGCCAUAUUCUUUUUAACUUUUUAGUUUUUAUAGAAAAUGUGGCCGCUUAUGCAUUGACCAAAACUACUAAUUUUAUUUCAU